UGUUCCUUUUUGUCUUCAUUAUUCUUUUUUUUUUUUUUUCUUUCUUAAAGAUCAGAUUUGACAAAAACACUUUGCAUGUUAGCUAGUAUGCUUCUGGUUCAAUCACAGCACCAUUAGAUUCUCUCUCUCUCUCUCUUUCUAAAGACCACACCUUUUAUCCUUAUGUACCCUCCUCUCCUCUCCUCUAUCUCUAUAUAAGACGCAAACACCGGACAGGGACCCUUACCUUCAAAGACGAGAAACUUAGAAGUUAGAAAACAACAAAGACCGACCGAUCUAUCUCGGAGAAUCAUGUUUCAGAUUGGAAAAAACGCAUUGUUCAAGAAUGUGAGCAAGAACUUUCUUAACAAGGGAAUCUCCUCAUCAUCCGCAUCAUCUUGUUCAGGUUCAAGGAAGUUAGAAGGCAAAGUAGCACUCAUUACAGGAGGAGCAAGUGGGAUUGGCAAAGCAACAGCCGGAAAAUUCAUCAGCCAUGGAGCCAAAGUUAUCAUUGCCGAUAUCCAACCUAAGUACGGGAAAGAAACCGCACAAGAACUUGGUCCAAAUGCUGCUUAUUUCCAGUGCGACGUAACCAAAGAAUCAGACAUUGCUAACGCAGUUGAUUUCGCUGUCUCGCUCCAUACAAAGCUCGACAUAAUGUACAACAAUGCUGGUAUUCCCUGCAGAACGCCUCCUAGUAUCGUGGAUCUUGAUCUCAAUGUUUUCGACAAGGUAAUCAACACAAAUGUCCGAGGAGUCAUUGCAGGAAUCAAACACGCUGCUCGAGUGAUGAUUCCACGUAAUUCCGGAUCCAUCAUUUGUGCAGGGAGUGUCACAGGGAUGAUGGGCGGUUUAUCACAACAUACUUACAGCGUCUCAAAAUCCGCUGUUAUCGGAAUUGUAAGAUCAACAGCUUCAGAACUAUGCAAACACAGGAUUCGGGUCAACUGCAUUUCUCCAUUUGCGACCACAACAUCGUUUGUGAUGGAUGAGAUGCGACAGAUUUACCCUGGUGUUGAUGAUUCAAGGCUGAUCCAAAUAGUGCAGAACACAGGAGUGUUGGACGGAGAGGUUUGUGAACCGACUGAUGUAGCUAAUGCAGCGGUUUACCUCGCAUCAGAUGAUUCAAAGUAUGUAAAUGGGCAUAAUCUAGUGGUAGAUGGAGGAUUCACAACUGUAAAGACUUUAGAUUUCCCUGCACCUGAUCAAAUGAAAUAAAAAAACUCAAAUUCAUAAUGUA